AUGUUGAUUCUCUACAGUGUAGCCACAUGGUGUCUAGACGCUUCUCUUGGACCUACGCCUGGGGCCCCACUGCCUGGAAAAAAUAAAGAAGCCUUGCUAAAAAGUUUACCUCCUAACCAUGAGAUUUUAGAGGGGAAACAAAGCGCCAUCUCUAUACACACAAGAACAGGCAAAGAAAAUGCACUGAGGAGAAGAAACAAGACAUACUUGGAUGAUGAUAAUGAGAUAAAGGAAGCAUUAGAGAAAGUGUAA